AUGCAUCAAUGCGCCGCUUGUCAUUCAACGAUUGACGAUUACGAUAUCUUAGAAAUCUGCACCUGUUUACAUUUUUAUCAUGGCCAGUGCGUUGGUGUUUCGCCCACCGAAUUCGGGAAACUCUCUUCUGACACCAAGAUGAGUUGGAUAUGCCCUGAGUGUCGCAGCAAAAAACCGCGCAGUGAUAAUUCAAAUACGCCGGUCCGUCCGUCAUCACCUACUAGUAGUGCCCACGCCGACGCCAAUAUGUCAUCACGACGUGGAAAGCAGGGAACGUCCAAACAAGCAGCCAUAGUCGGUUCCGUAGCCGCACAAAGCGGCUGCUCCGGCUCAUGUGUGUCGCGCGUGGAGUUGCGUACUAUUAUGCAGGAGGAACUUCAAGGUUUCAUUAAGGAAUGUAUUAGGGAGAUAAAGGAGGACUUAAACAGGGAAUUGAAAGCUUUUAGAAACGAAUUUGGUUCUAUAAAGGAUUCCAUAAAUUUUAUUAGCGACUCUUUUGACAAACUAAACACUGAAAUUACUACAUGUAAAAGCAACAUUGAGGCGAUCUUAAAGGAGAAGGAAUGCCUCCGGAAUGAAUUAAACUCUAUCACCAGUCGCUUUACCAACUCGAACAAAUCUUCCGCGCCUCAAACUUGGAAAUCCAAUGCGUUCCAGAAAGGAAGUCUGAAAACCUAUUGUCCAUUGCUAAGCAACUUGGUAAGACCAUUUAGAAGAAAAUGA